GAGAACCAAAGAGGCAGUUUUCAACCUCAGAGUCGGAGUAGGUUAUACCGUUAUACAAACGAAAUGCCGCCAUCCCUGGAAUCCUUGCCGGAUGAACUCAAAAUUGAGAUCCUAACGAGAUUACCUGCAAAAUCUCUGAUUUGUUUAAGUGCCGUUAGUAAACCAUGGCUCUCUUUCCUCUCCACUUCUGAAUUCGUCUCCGCACACCUGUCUAACCGAGCUGCCGAACAGUCAUUCUUUACAACAACUACAGAUGCUGAGAGCGGUCGUUUUGCUCUAAUCAAAGAUGGAGACAAAGUCGGCGGUGGUCUCACGGUACAAUUCGGAGCAAUUAUCAGACCUGAUAUGCAAUUCCAAAACAGGGUAUCCUUUUCCUUGUAUCCUUUGGAGGUGACGGGGAUUGAAAUCGUGGGUAGCUUCGACGGGUUGCUUUGCUUAACCUUUAUCCAUGCAGAUUCUCACCCGUCAAUUAUAUUAUGGAACCCUUCUAUUCGAACACAUGUGGUGUUACCGCCUCCCAUCAUUCACACUCAAAGAAAAGAGUGUGAUGGAAUUGGGGUUUGUGUUGCCAGUAACGGUGAUUACAGGGUUGUGUGGGUCCAUGAAAAGCAUGAUGAUAAUGCUAUGUCUGUUGAAAUAUACUCCCUCCGUUCCGGUGAUUGGCGGAUUAGACGAUUCGAUCAUGAUUUGUUUCCUACGAGGUGGUUGCUCAGAGGUUCGGCUUUUGUAGCAGGUAAGAUGCAUUGGGUUGGAUGUGAGUAUGAUGAAAGUUGGAUUGGAUCUGAGUAUGAGGAUGAAGUAUGUGAUAUUCGUGAUAUUUGCUCAAUCACUUCAUUUCACAUAGAAGAAGAGGUAUUUAGAGACGUACCACUGCCAGAUAGAUUAAAAGGUUUUGAAUGGCAACUAAGAUCAUGUGUGGCUGUGGUUGGGGAGUCACUGGGUAUGAUAGAGAGGUGUGGAAUAGGCAAUUGGGACAUUUGGGUGAUGCAAGACUAUGGAAACGUUGAAUCCUGGACUAGGCUGUAUAACAUUGACAUUCGAGAUUAUGAUAAAAGGCUACCCUUAAUAGAUGCAUUAAGCACAUGGAAGAAUCCAGGAGUUUCUUCUGGAGCACACCAGUGGUUAUCAUACAUGGAUCAUGAGGUGUUUACGGUGUACGGGGAAUACGGUAAUGAUACAUUUGAGUAUGUAGCUAAGUAUGUGGAAAGUCUUGUUUUGCUUGGACACAAAGAUGCUGUUGCGGAUGUGCAUUUGCUUCAGUCUAUUGCAGGGUGCAUAGAGGAGGACAAUGCAGGUUUUGGACAAGAAAUCUAGGCAAGGACUUUCUUGAGGCAGAUGCAAUAUGAGAACGAAGUAAUUGAACUUUGGAGAAUAUGCCAUGCUAUGUGGUUUUCAAACCUUUAUCUUUGAACUUUGGAGAAUAUGCCAUGCUCCAAAACUUCAUGCUGCGAGAACUUGUUUUUUUUUUUUGCAAUAAUGGUGAACACUGUACUUGUAGCAGAUUUGGUGAUAUGAAGAGGUUUCACCCAUUUUACCUUUUAGUGUAUUGAUUGAAGCUACUUGAAGUUGCAAUCAAUAUUAUUAGUAGUAAAUGAAACACUUGUUUAUUUGAAAAAUGACUUCAAAAUGAAUUGAAUUAAGAUUCUAUUGUUG